UUUUAGGGAAAAUGGCUUCCGAACAGCCAUGCUACACACUAAUCAAUGUUCCUACAGACACAGAUGCACCCAAUGAACUGCAGCUGAAGCAGGAUAUAGAAAAGGGGGAUAACAAAGCUAAGAUCGAUGCCUUGAAAAAGGUUAUUUAUAUGAUUUUGAAUGGAGAGAUGCUGCAGCCCUCUAUGCUAAUGCACAUCAUCCGUUUCCUUCUACCCUCACAGGAUCACACCAUUAAAAAGUUGCUGCUUAUCUUCUGGGAGGUCGCUCCUAAGACAACACCUGAUGGGAAGCUACUGCAGGAAUUCAUCCUAGUUUGUGAUGCCUACAGAAAGGAUCUGCAGCAUCCGAAUGAGUUUAUUCGGGGGUCGACGCUACGCUUCCUGUGCAAGCUGAAGGAGCCGGAACUCUUGGAGCCGCUGAUGCCUGCGAUCAGGGCCUGUCUAGAACACAGGCACUCGUACGUGAGACGUAACGCUGUCAUGGCAAUCUACACCAUUUACAGGAACUUCGACGUUCUCAUUCCGGACGCGCCCGAGCUGAUCGCGAACUUCCUGGAGGGCGAGCAGGACGCGUCGUGCAAGCGUAACGCGUUCAUGAUGCUCAUCCACGCCGACCAGGACCGCGCGCUCGACUACCUGUCGACCUGCAUUGACCAGGUGCACGGCUUCGGUGACAUCCUGCAGCUCGUCAUCGUCGAGCUCAUCUACAAGGUGUGUCUGGCGAACCCGACUGAGCGCGCGCGCUUCAUACGCUGCAUCUACAACCUGCUGCAGUCGACGAGCGCGGCCGUGCGCUAUGAGGCCGCCGGUACGCUCGUGACGCUAUCCAGCGCGCCGACCGCUGUCAAGGCUGCAGCCAGCUGCUACAUCGACCUUAUCGUAAAGGAAAGUGACAACAACGUGAAGCUAAUAGUCCUUGACAGACUCAUUUCACUAAAGGUAAAUUCAUCUCUUAAGUGUAGUGAGUUGCUGGGUGAUGCAUAUGCAAUCUCUAAGUGUAAUGCAUUGGUGUAUCGCUCAGCACUGUGGAUUCUGGGAGAGUACUGCAAUUCGGUGGAAGAAAUCCAAGACCUAAUGCACCACAUCAGACAGUCUCUGGGAGAGAUACCGAUCGUUGACGAUGAGAUCAGCAAGGCGACGGGCAAGGAGGAGGAACACGAUGAAGCCAUGCAGCAGAACGUACAGCGUCUUGUCACCGCUGACGGCUCCUACGCCACGCAGAGCGCAUACAGCAGUGCGACGAGCUCAAAGAAGAGCACCGAGGAGAAGAGGCCCCCACUCCGAGGUUUCCUCAUGGAUGGAGAGUUCUUCAUGGGUGCAGCCCUGGCCACCACGCUAUCUAAACUGGCCUUACGCUACAUGGUCGACCUUGUGUUUGACCCCAAGAAACAGAAUCUAUUUGUUGCUGAAUGCAUGCUAGUAAUGGGCACCAUCAUACACCUGGGCCGGUCCGGACUCGCAAAGAAGGCAAUCACUGAGGAUGACUUUGAUCGCAUUGCGCUCUGCAUCAAAGUGCUGGCGGAUAGAGUGCCCUCUAUCGCCAAGCUGUUUGUUGAAGACAGCCGACAGGCUCUCGCCGUCAUGCUAGCUGCUCAGGCAGAGGAGGAUCGUGAGAACCAGAAGGCGAAACUUGAGAAGAAGGCUCUCAGCAUCCAGAUUGACGAACCUAUCCGCUUCAUACAGCUUGCCGCCGCUACCGACUUCGGCAGCCUGGAGAACCAAUUCGAGCUGAGCCUGUCAAUGGCAGUUGGCACCUCCGGCAAGAAGCAUCAUGAUGAUAUCUCUGCCUCCAAACUAAGCAAGGUGACACAGCUGACUGGCUUCAGUGAUCCGUGUAUGCGGGAGGCGUACGUCAACGUCAACCAGUACGACAUCGUCCUCGACGUCCUUGUCAACCAGACUGCCGACACACUGCAGAACGUGACGCUCGAGCUCGCCACACUCGGUGAUUUGAAGCUCGUGGAAAAGCCGACCCCGAUGACCAUGGGACCGCACGACUUCUCCAACAUCAAGGCCACCGUCAAGGUCGCCUCGACUGAGAACGGCAUCAUUUUCGGCAACAUAGUGUAUGAUGUAACUGGGUCGGGCAGCGAUCGGAAUGUGGUAGUCCUCAAUGACAUUCACAUCGACAUCAUGGACUACAUCAUACCGGCCACGUGCACCGAUUCAGAGUUCCGCCAGAUGUGGGCUGAGUUCGAGUGGGAGAACAAGGUGUCUGUCAAUACUAACAUUAAGAACCUGCGUGAGUUUCUGGCACAUCUCAUCAAGUCGACCAACAUGAAGUGCCUCACUCCAGAGAAGGCCCUGUCUGGUGAGUGUGGCUUCAUGGCAGCCAACCUGUACGCUCGCUCCAUCUUCGGAGAAGACGCGCUGGCAAACCUGAGCAUUGAGAAGGACUCCAGCAAUGCAGACGCUACGGUCACCGGUCACAUUCGCAUUAGAGCCAAGAGCCAGGGAAUGGCACUGAGCCUCGGCGACAAAAUCAAUCUUACGCAGAAGAAAUCCAAGGCAGAAGCUGGAGCUUAACAAGUGGCAUCUAGUGACAGUAAGAAACUGAUUGAACAGUUGGUAUUGUGCUCACACAGUCGCAACAUCUCUCGACUCUGACGAAAUAACCGCCAAAGCAGCAUUGCGGUCAAUGACGUUCCCAACGCGAUUGCUAGUGGCCGUAAACAUUCACCGUGUUUCCAGGGGGUCAGUCAACGUGUGCGUGUGUAUAUAUUUGUGUGCUGCAUGCUGUAUUCAGGGAUGAGAAUCUUCCGCGGAAAUCCGCGGAUUUUACAGUCCCAGGGUCGAUUUUGUGAAACGUCUAAAUCCAUUGAGAGAACAUUUUAUGGGGGGUUAGAAUGUACAAAUUUUCAUUUUACAGUCCAACAGUACCUUCAUUUAAUAACAUUGUAAUAUAGUUCG